AUGAAUUGUGCCGAGUUUCUCACCCCCUGCCUACGACUGGAACAGGAAUCGAGCAUCACGGCGGCGGAAAUGACGGCGAUCAAAGUGGCUAUUUCCUUCGUCGAGCAGAUGGAGUUACACAACUGCGUGAUAUACACAGACUCAAAAUCAGCGUGCAUGAUUCUGGAGGAUUCGAUGGACGAGAAGGCCGGCUCAACAAUCGUUGUGGAGAUACUGAGGAUAGCUCAUCGUUUCGGAACAGCAAUCCAGUGGAUCCCGAGCCACGUGGAGGUUGAAGGCAACGAGAUAGCGGACAAGCUGGCAAAACUGGGACUGUCCGACAUAGCACCAACCUACGGUAAUAGAUUAUGCUUGAAUGAUGCGCUGCAUCGAUUCAAAAUACAUACCCAAGAUAUCGCCAACCGAUGGUAUCAGGACUACUCCAUGGAAAAGGGUAAACGCUUUAGCGAGAUUUUUCCUGUAUUUUCGACCGAGCCAUGGUACUACAAAGUCCAGAUGGAAGGUCGAGAUGUCCGCCUGACAAACCGUCUGAUGACUGGCCACGACUUUUCAAAGUACUGGCUGGCAAAGAUGAAGAUAGCAGAGGACGAGGACUGCGAUAUGUGCGAAGUUCCCGAGACGUCAGAGCACAUCAUUGUUCACUGUCCGAAGCACGGUUUCCGACGAUUAAAGUUUCAAUUUGAGCAAAAAUAUCUGAGCCUUACUGACCUGUACAAAUCGAAAUGCAUUGAGACAUACCAAGAAGUAACUGAAUUUGUAAAACAAGCUAAGUUAAAACUGUAA